AUGGUCAAGCUAUGGAUUGAUAAACAACUAAUAGGUGCAAAUUCGCAAUAUUGCAGUGGAUCCCUGAUCUCACCACGUCAUGUUCUUACGGCCGCACAUUGUGCGGCGAACAUAGACGAGCGUAAGAUGUAUGAGAGUGAGUGCGAUGGAAGUCUGAAAAAAUACGUGCUGUCAGAGAAUCAGCCAGAAGAUUUCUCCGUACUCGUCGGUACCCGUUGUGCUCCUCGUGAUCCUCGCCCUCCUCGAAACUGUAAAAUUGAAUACCCUGUUUCAAAGGUUUUUAUCGACAAGAAAAUGAAGCUGUGCGUGCGGAAGAUGCGGAAAGGGGAGGUGGUUGAUUAUAUACAUACACACGAUCUUGCAAUCCUCGAAUUCAGUAAGGAAGUUAGCAACAAGGAUGCCAUUCCGAUUUGCUUACCACACAAUAAACUUCCACUGGCAAAAGAACUUCAGGUUGCGGGGAAACAACGGCGAGGCGAAGACACGUGGAACUGGAACCUUACCACCUACGCAAUUGCUACAAUUCCUUUCGUCACAGAAGACCACCAUGAAGUACUUCUGGGACAGAGCAAUACAAGUGCUAUCUGCGGGGUGAGUUGUACCGUCGCCUAUCCAGAACUCUUUAUUUUACGGAUUGAGUCUCGUAUAUUAUCACGAUCCUUGGAAAUGAAAAAAAGCGAGGCAACCAGUUGGGUUGAGGCUGUUUCAACCACCACACGUUAUGAGGAUGAUCGGAAGAUCUUCUGA